AUGGCUCACGUGUCGAGCAUCCAAGAGGUCGAGUCUGUGAGAGAUGCCCUGCUGCAAGAUCGCAAAAUCAUGGCGGCUACGCACAACGUGGCAGCCUGGCGUUUUCGGUACACAGAUCCCGCGAUAUGGGAGGACUUCACUGACGACGGUGAAGCAGGAGCCGGGAGACGCUUGUUGGCAGUGCUCAAGAAGCGCGGGGAUAAGGACAUCGUCGUCAUAGUCACUCGCUGGAGAGGCAUCAUUCACUUGGGUGUGGACCGGUUCAGGAACUACUGCAAGGCAGCAGUGCAGCUGCUGGAAAACGAGGAUGGAGGGCCAGGGCGCCAGGGGAGCAAGAAGAGAGGACAGUGA